AUGGCUUCCGUAGCAGCACAGAAGCCCGCCGCCGGCUCGGCGCAGAAGAGGCAGCUCUCCGAACAAGAAGCAGCACAGCUGUUCCAGUCGCGCAGAUCCGAGCUGCAGGGCAUCGCAUCCAAGGUCGGCGAGCUCGAAGGCGAGGCGGACGAACACAAGCUCGUCAUCGACACGCUCACCGAAGCGUCCAAGGCGGACCCCAACCGCAAGUGCUUCCGCCUCAUCGGCGGCGUGCUUGUCGAACGCACAGUCAAGGAGGUCCUGCCCGCUCUCCAGACCAACCUCGAAGGCCUCAAGCAAAUCCUCGAAACGCUCCUCAAGCAGUACAAGCAAAAGGAGUCCGAGCUGCAAGACUUCCAGCGCGAAUAUGCAAGCUGA